AUGUUCGUUAUUCAGAUAGAGGCUUUGACGGGUCAGCUGUAUGAACUGCGAUGCAGUUCAUCUGACAGCGUGUGGAGCGUAAAAGCCCGUCUCUCGCGCUCCGAAGGAAUUCUUAUCAGCCAGCAGCAUUUGAUUUUCGCCGGGCGCGAACUCAAGGAUUCAGAGACGCUUAACGAUAUCGGAGUAAAGAAAAUGAGCAAAAUAAGACUCGUUGUUUCAAUGAGAGGAGGACCUAUUAAUACCAGACUGGUGGAUGAAGAGCCAGAUGAUAAUUGUGUGCCGGUUGAUGAACUCACAGAAACAGAGAACGCAUUCGCUGUACUAUUCGUCAAAGACGGAGAGAAAGUUAACUUCGUGAGAGUCAGUGUUACAAAUGACGAAACCGCAACAACUUCCACUCCCUUCGAACAACCGCAACAAGCAACUGUCUCUAACUCAAAUCCAGAUUCUAUGCGGGCGCUUGAGAAUCGGAGAACAUAUCAGAAAAUGCAAAUGUUGCGUUCAAAGAUGAAAAAUCGUCGUUCUGAAAAGCAUGGUCUUCCUUCUUUGGCUUUUCCGCGUGAGGCGCAGAAAGCAGAAAAGCUCACUUCUUUGCCGCCGAUUUAUCCACCCGUUAUGCCCGUUUCCAACAUUCAUUCCCAAUUCUUGAGGCGUUACGGACUCGCUCCUAGUCGCGUUGAUCCCGACACGACUGGAGGCGAGUCUGGUGCUUUGAAUUUGAAGCCCUCUCCUCCAUUGAUCCCAGAACCGCCGCCACCGAAAGCACAUCGGCCACGAUGUGCCAAAUGUGGCAAGCGCCUUGCCUUGCACGAGCAGUAUCAGUGCAAGUGUGGACUGCAGUAUUGUUCGAAACAUCGUUACGCCGAAGAACAUGCUUGUAAAUUCGACUACGAAAAGGAAAACAAGCAGCGUUUAGCCGCCGCAAACGCCGCAUUCAACGGACCCCGGCUGCCGAAAAUCUAA